AGAGGGGAGGAGAACGAGAGAGAGAAAGAGAGAGAGAGAGAGGAGGGUGGAGUUCAUUGAACGACACAGCCCCCCCAUCCAAAGCUCCCUCAGUUACUCUGCGCUCAUGUAGUAGGCAGUAUGUUGUGGAGUUUAAACGGGAAUGUGAGCGCGGCUGAAGGAAACGUGAGAUUUUAGCACAGACACACGUCACCGGUUCAGUGGAUUUCCCCCCUGGGAAGUGUUUGGAAGUCAUCUGAUGCAGGAGGGCAUGAAUGCAGGACGUGAUCUGUAUGCCAAGUGAAAUCAGUCAUGACUGUAAUAUCAUUGCCGUACCGCAGGUUGCAUGACCUCUGAGCAUUUUAACAUCCGCCGCACAUACUAAGUCAUGGGUAACGCAGAAAGUCACAGCGGCAGUCAUGGUUACUACGGAGACGGGCAGCGUCACCUCUCCCGUAAGCACAUGUCCCGCUCGCUCCGUCUGUCCAACAAGCAGACGUACUGUUCCCGUCGAACACCAUCUGGAAAACCAGAGCACCGCAACUCUGAAACCAGCACACGCUCCAGCAGCACUCCCAGCAUCCCGCAGUCGCUGGCCGACCACGGCCUGGAGCCAUUCAACGACUCCGACAUGCUACCCGACUUCAGCAGCCCCAUUUGGGUUGACCGUAUGGCAAUGAACCUCAGACCGGUGUCCUUCCACAACCAUCCAGCCCAUUCACCCGCAGCGACCCAUAACGUCACCCCCAAACAGCCUGCUAAGGAGGAGGAAGAGCCGCCAGAGGACCAGACCCAACAGACAAGAGACGGUUCCCAAGAAGGUGCUAGCUUUAAGAAGAAACGCUCCAAGUCUGCAGAUAUGUGGAGAGAAGACUCGCUGGAAGUGUCUUUAUCCGAUCUGAGCCAGGAGAAUCUGACAAGCACGGAGGAGAUUGGGGAUACACCGGACGAGAAGGACUUUACAGUCUGCGGGGACCUUUUACAAUCGUCUCCGCAAGAUUUGGAGUUGUUGGAUACAAACCGUGCCAAUUCUUUAGAUGAACUGUACGGACCAAAAAGUCCCACCUGCAGGCCGCCGCAUGGACGUUACAUAAAAUGGCACAAGGGAGGCGCCACUGGUAGAGACGGCGAGGAUGAUAAAAUAUUAGCGGUGUGUGAAGAUGAUGGUGCCGCCUAUGGAGCGUAUACAUUGCCCUGUCGACGCUCACAUUGCUUGUCUGAGGGACCGACCAUUCACCAAGGAGUUAUGCAAGGGAGGCGGGCACAAACCAUACAGGAUGUCACAUCAGGAGACGGCAGUGACUAUGAGGACAGCGGCAUCGAUGGCUUGACAGGAGAGAGUGAGGCGUCUCAGCACCAGGUGCGACACUACAAGACCAUGUCCGCAUCUUUUUCCGCAUACUCCACGUCAGCAGGGGGAGCCUUCACUGGAAGUGACAGCGGGAGCAGCAGCGGUGCGGGGACGGGACCUUCAGAACGCACGCUGGGUGUCUAUGAGAACUUUCGUCAAGAGUUGGAGCAGAGCGCGUGCCGGGCAGAGUUGCCCGAAGAGAGAAGCUCCGCCUUCAGCGACGAGCAGAGUCACCUGACCCUGAGCUCCGCCUACCACACGGACCCGCUGCUGAACGUGGCCGCGCAGGGCACCGUGCGCAAAGCCGGACGCCUCGCUGUCAAAAACUUCCUGGUGCAUAAAAAAAACAAGAAGGUGGAACUCGCUCCUCGCCGCAAGUGGAAGAGCUAUUGGGUGUCUCUCAAAGGAUGCACACUGUUUUUCUACGAGACCGACGGGCGGUCGAGCAUCGAUCACAACAGUGUCCCUAAACACGCAGUGUGGGCUGAAAACAGCAUAGUGCAGGCCGUCCCCGAACACCCCAAAAAAGAUUUCGUCUUCUGUCUCAGUAACUCACUCGGAGAUUCGUUCCUCUUUCAGACCUGCAGUCAGACGGAGUUGGAAAACUGGAUCACGGCGAUCCACUCAGCCUGCGCCGCAGCCGUCGCUCGGCUACACCACCGUGAAGAUACUGUGCGUCUCCUGCGAGCAGAGAUCCGUAAGCUGGAGCAGAAGAUCGACAUGGACGAAAAGAUGAAGAAAAUGGGAGAUAUGCAGCUGUCGGCUGUAACCGACACCAAGAAGAGGAAGACCAUCCUAGAGCAGAUUUUCCUGUGGGAGCAGAAUUUAGAGCAGUUCCACAUGGAUUUAUUCCGGUUCCGCUGUUAUCUGUCCAGCCUGCAGGGCGGCGAGCUUCCCAACCCCAAGCGCUUGCUGGCUUUUGCCUCUCGUCCCACCAAACUGGCCAUGGGACGACUGGGCAUCUUCUCUGUCUCAUCCUUUCAUGCACUGGUGGCGGCUCGCACCGAGACUGGCGUGAGACGACGGACACAGGCCAUGUCACGCUCAACCAGCAAACGCAAGAGUCGCUUCUCAUCACUGUGGGGUCUGGACACUCACUCCAAGAGAAAGAGCAAAGCACACCCCACUAUUAACCAGGUUUUUGCAGAAGGUGAAGAUCCUGUUAAAAGUCCUACUGAAGAUCUGUUUGAGGGAUCUGACAGAGAAACAACAAAAGAAACAAAGACGCCGGUGAAAGGUCUGCCAAGACCCAGCACAGAGCAAGACCUCUGGUCCAAAGACCAUCUCACUCCAUCAUGGGUGUGCCUGCCAAACGAUCAGCCUGUGUUAGCCAUCAUCCACCCUGGAGAAUCAGCCUUAGAUAUGCUCGAAACCAUCUGCAAGGCUCACCAACUGGACCCUACAAAACACUAUGUGCGGCUUAAAUUUCUCAUUGAGAACCAAGUGCAGUUCUACAUCCCUAAACCCGAGGAGGAUAUUUAUGAUCUGCUGUAUAAGGAAAUUGAGCUGUGCUGUAAGAUCAGGAAGGUGAUCCAGUUUGAUCGGGAUGAGUCCUGUAUGAUUGGAUACGGUUUCUCUAUCUCUGUGGUUGAAGAGGACGACAUACAGCAGCUGUAUAUCACUGAUGUUAGAGCCGGAGGAUUAGCAUUUGCUAAAGGUCUGAACGCAGGAGAUGAGAUUCUGCAGUUGAACGGGAAAGACGCUCGCACUUUGACCUUCAAUGACAUGAAGGUGGCCUUCGCUCAGGUCUCUCUCUCGCUCACUGUCAACACGCUGCCCCCUGUUGAACGCCGACAGCUUUGCUUUCUGCCUCCAAGACGCUCGGAUGCUGUGGACAACCUUUACACGGAUAUCUUCUCUCAGAGUCAAGAGGAGAUUCUUGACGAUGGUGUUGGUUUGAUCGUGGAGACGUCAGGAGACAGUUUAGAGGAUGACUUGGAGCUCUUCGCUGAGUUUGAUGACUAUGGAAAGCGUAACAGACACAGCAAACGCUCAUCUGACUCCGUUUAUGAUCUCCUGCACCUGAGCACAGAGCAGGUCGCUGCUUUCUGUCGCAGUCUGCACGAGAUGAAUCCUUCAUCCGAGGGCAUCUCUUCCUCAUCUGAACCGGAGUAUUCCUCACUGCCUCCGAGCAAUGCCACCCCUCGCCAGCUCUCUGACGCUGACAAACUACGCAAAGUCAUCUGCGAAUUGGUCGAAACGGAGCGCACCUAUGUCAAAGAUCUAAACUGUCUGAUCGGGCGAUAUUUAACCCCUCUGCAGCAGGAAUCCUUCCUCACUCAAGAUGAGCUGGAUGUGCUGUUCGGAAACCUGCCGGAGAUGCUGGAAUUUCAGCUGGAGUUCCUCAAGACUUUGGAGGAUGGGACUAGACUGGUGCCCGACCUGGAGAAACUGGAGCGAGUGGAAGAGUUUAAGAAAAUCCUCUUCUCUCUGGGCGGAUCUUUUCUGUAUUACGCCGAUCGCUUCAAGAUCUACAGCGCUUUCUGUGCCAGUCACACCAAAGUACCCAAAGUGCUGGUCAAAGCCAAGACAGACACAGCAUUUAAGGCGUUCUUGGAUGAACGCAACCCAAAACAGCAGCAUUCUUCCACGCUGGAGUCAUACCUGAUCAAACCCAUCCAGAGAGUGUUAAAAUAUCCUCUACUGCUGAGAGAGCUGCACUCAUUGACCGACCCUGACAGCGAGGAGCAUUACCAUCUGAACGUUGCGAUGAAGGCCAUGAACACGGUGGCCAGUCACAUCAACGAGAUGCAGAAGAUCCACGAGGAGUUUGGAGCCGUGUUUGACCUUCUCAUUUCAGAACAGACUGGAGAGAAAAAAGAGGUUGCUGACUUGUCAAUGGGAGAUUUACUCCUCCACAGCAGCGUGACAUGGAUCAACCCGUCCUCCACACUGGGGAAGUGCAAGAAAGAGCCCCAGCUGGCUACUUUCGUGUUCAAAACCGCUGUUGUGUUUAUCUGUAAAGACUCCAAACAGAAGAAGAAAAUGGGUGGCUCUCACAGAGCAUCGAUCUCAGGUGAAGAGAAAGAUCCUUUCCGUUUCCGUCACAUGAUCCCUACCGAAGCGCUUCAGGUGCGCACGCUGUCCAGUACAGAUGGAGAGAGCGCGGCUGUGUGUGAGAUCAUACAUGUGAAGUCUGAAUCUGAGGGAAGACCAGAGCGAGUGUUUCAACUUUGCUGCAGCUCUCCAGACAGUAAGAAAGAUUUUUUGAAGACGGUUCACUCCAUACUAAGAGAUAAACAGCGUCGUCAGUUGUUGAAGACAGAAAGUCUUCCUCUGAGCCAGCAGUACGUUCCCUUCGGAGGAAAACGCUUGUGCGCUCUUAAAGGAGCCCGUCCGGCCAUGAACAGAGCAGUUUCUGCCCCGACUCGCACACUGGGCCGAAGGAAACUGGUGCGAAAUCGCUUCACCAUCGACACGGACAUCGUUUUCGACACCGAACCCGACAGCGACUCCCCCGAUUCCCAGCAUUCUCAGCAGCAGGGCGGAGAUCCGGCCGGUGACACGGACCGCUGGGUGGAGGAACAAUUCGACCUUCAGCGCUACGAGGAGCAGGAACAGGACGUGAAAGAGUCGGACAUUCUGAGCGACGACGACGAGCUUUGUCAGUCCGCCUUGAGCCCUUCGACCGAGGGCCCGCUCUCCGCUCUCUCGCUGGAGGGAGACACUGCUGAGGAGGAGGAGAACGAGGAGGGCCAGGGAGGAGAUGAGGACAGCAAGAAAGACGUCAGAGACCACAAAACCCAGCAUGCAAAGCUGUCUGAUGUAGGAAAGCAGUGUGCCAUGUCAGUGGCCAGCGUAGACGAGCAGGCGCUGCCUGAUGAGGUCAUCUGGGUGCGUCGGGACGACGAGACGCAAGAUGAACCUCAAACCUGAAACACUUCAGGAGACAAUAAAGCAAGAGCUCCCUGCUGAAAUAAAUCAGCCAGUACGUUAGCGAUGCAUGAUCCACGCUAAUAUUCUGAAUGUUAGACAUUCUUUCAGAAAUAGCUGUAUGAUAUCACGCUUAUCCACUGUAGACACUUAAACUCAUUAGAUGAGCUCUGUAUGUGUGCUGUGGCCAAUCAGAAGCCUGGAAAAAUGUGGCGGUACAAUCAAUAGAUUUAAUCGACUCGUACAAUUGCACAUUAACCGUUGGCAGCUUCAUACGUUUGACCACCAACGUCUGCCAAAUCUUUUAACAUUUCUUUGUUGUUCAUUUCUAAGUGUUUUUAAUGAGUUUGAAAGGGCUGAUAUUUAUUUAUGUCAUUCAUAUAUGAGAACAACAGCCUGAUAAUAUCUUACAUUUUAAUUUGUUGAACAUCAUAUUUGUACAGAGAAGCUGUAUAUGCUGUUUUUGUUGUUUGUAUAUAUAUAUAUAAAUGUUUAUUUCUUUUAGACUUAAAUGUACAUACUACGCAGUAUUCUGACCUGAAAUAUAUAUGCGUAUUGAAUAUUCAUGAAUUUAGAUGUGCACAUCUCAGGUCAAAAUAAUGCCGUUGUAAAACAGAAUUUUUAAUAAUUUUUUCCCGAUUUUUUUACUGUUCAUUUUAGGUCACUAUGUCCUGUUUUACUUGAAUUUUGUUGGAAAAAAAUGCAAUAUGAUUUUUAGCUGAUGGACUGUUCUGUUAAAGUUUGCUUUACAUGGUUUGUUGUAAUUUAGCUCUGCUCAUAAUUGACACAUUUUCUGCCUUUACAGUAUAAACUCACAUUCACACAAUUCCUUAAAAAAGAAUCUGAGCCAUUACAUAGACCAAAUGUUUACUGUAUAAUUUAUUAGGUAUUUUUCUGUUUAUUACUGCAUCUCACAGUUGAACGAAUAAUUAUGUUUUUUUGUUUCACCAUUUAAAAUUUGCUAAAUGCAAUCAAGAGAAGCCACUGGAAAUUAUUUUAAUGAUAUUAAAUUCUACAUUAAAUUGUUCCCCUUUGAGCUAUAGAGACUGCAUUUUUAGUUUGUAAAUAAAGCUGUGAAUUGAUAUUAUAUUAAAUAAACUUGUUUCGUAUAUAUAACCAAA